AUGAACCCCGCCGAACACGAUGAGGCCGUCUCGCAGUUCUGCGCCAUGACCAGGGCGCGUCCAGAUGAGGCACAAGAGUAUCUAGCAACCAACGGCUGGGACCUUGAGGCCGCAGUCACCGAAUUCUUUGCGGAGCAGGACGAGACCGCGGGGUCGAGCGAGCCAACAGGCCAGCCAUCCGCAAAAUCCUCAUCUUCUACACCUAGAGAAUCUUCCUCGUCUCGUAAACAACCUCCAAAGAAGUUCGCAACGCUGGGCGACCUUGCAUCUGGAGCGGCCGAUAGCUCCGAUGAUGACGACGAUGAGAACCAGGAUUUCUUUGCCGGGGGCGAAAAGUCUGGGCUAGCCGUGCAGAACCCAGACGACCUCAAGAAGAAAAUCAUCGAGAAAGCCAGAAGAACUCAGCUCCCGGCAUCCGAUGACAGCGAACCAAGACGAAACUACUUCACUGGCCCCGCCCGCACAUUAGGUGGUGAGGACACACCAAGCAGAGUGAUUGAUACUCCGAGUGGGCCUGCUCAGCCUCAGAUUCCUCGACGUGUGCGGCGGACGCUCCAUUUCUGGGCGGAUGGUUUUUCCGUUGACGAUGGUGAACUAUAUCGCUCCGACGAUCCUCAGAAUGCCGAGAUUCUGAAUAGCAUUCGACAGGGCCGCGCUCCGCUGUCGAUUAUGAACGCGCAGCAUGGCCAGGAUGUGGAUGUUGAGAUCAAACAACAUGACGAAAAAUAUGUCAGGCCGAAGCCUAAGUACCAGCCUUUUGCGGGCAAGGGACAGCGACUGGGUAGCCCGACGCCCGGGAUUCGAGCACCUGCACCCUCCGAACCAGCCCCAGCGCCUCAAUCCAGCUCUGGACCUCCCAAGCCAAAUGUGGAUGAAUCCCAGCCUGUUGUCACUUUGCAAAUUCGACUCGGCGACGGAACACGUCUUACCUCCCGGUUCAAUACUACUCAUACAAUUGGCGAUGUUUAUGAUUUUGUGUCCGCUGCUAGUCCCCAGAGCCAGGCUCGCCCGUGGGUGCUUUUGACAACAUUCCCUAGCAAAGAACUCACUGAUAAGGCAGCCGUGCUGGGUGACCUGCCCGAGUUCAAGCGUGGAGGAGUGGUUGUACAGAAAUGGCAAUAA